CCUCCCACCUUUCCCCCUUCUGGUCGCCCGAGCGGGCCCGCCAUCACCACGCCCGCCCCCUGCUCCCCGCGCGCCCGUCUCCCACCACCUACUGCACCACGCUACGCUAUCAAUUACCGCAAUCAACCAAGCAGCAAGCAUCAUUGUAGUGUAGCCUCGUUUGGCAUUCGACAUGGCAUAGUCACGACUCGACCGCAGAUACCGCACCAUCGCGAGCGAGCCUUCUUCUUGUGCUCUCCAUCCUCCACAUCCACCCAGCCGGUGUUUCAUCGCGUCGCCGCGCACAUCGCCUCGAGACACGGCCCAUCAGUUCGAUCAGCGCGACUAGCGACUAGCCACGCACGACCUGCUCGCCCCACGCGCUACCACUCGACACCCGCACUUCUUCUCACUUCCCACUCGUCUGCUUCGCCAUCAUGGCCGCGCGUGAUAGGGUGCCUCCGGCACUGCCGAGCUCGCCUCGCCCCCAGCCACCGCGCUUCCCAAGUGGAGAUAGAUCAAGAAUGAGUCCUACGCUGGUCCAAGGACCACUCCCCUCCCGUAUGCCGAGCCGUCCGUCUGUUGGUCGCCGCGGAUCCUCCGAGACCACCCAGUUCAACCACAACAUCCUCGCGAGCUCGCCCAUCCCCACCAAGGAUGGCCUCGGCCGCACACCACCACCUUUACCCCUCCGCGGCACCAGCCCCAGUGUCUUAUCAGGCAGGGAAGGCAGCACCUUCUCGCGCCGUGGCGAGGGAAUAUCUAGCCCUCCUCCAGCUGAGCUAGAGCUCUUCGCACACCACUGUCGCUUGUUCUAUUUCUCGUCCGGGUCGCCGGAUGACUCGUCGGCCGAGUUCAUCUCCAAGACUCUGGCCAAGCUGCCUCCAGCACACAGGGCGGCGUACACACGCGUACAGUCGCGCCUCCGGUCCCAGGCGCACCUCCACCACCUGCGCGUCAGGAUAUCGUCGUUCCACGCGCUCAUGUCGUCGACGGUGGCCAACGGCUCGCUGUCGGUUCCCGCGCGCUCCGAGCUCACUGGCACGCGUGGUAAAACGGAGCGUCUCGAGCGCCUGCGCAGCUUUAUUCACACCUGGCACGCGAGCAGUGCAGGUCCACUAGAGCCCUUCUUCCGCGGCCUGUGGUCGGUCCUGCGCGUUCAGAGUAGGGGCCCACCUAGCGCCGGUGGUGCCGGGCCAAAGCGAGCCGUCUGGGAAGUGGACGACGCCGUCUUCCUCGAGUCUGGGGGGCCAGAGUUCAUGCACGAGGCCGUCACCAUCAUCAAGGGCGUAUUGGGUUUCGAGGAUCAGCCUCUGACUACACCGCCCAAGCUGCGGCGCAUCACCACUCUCCCCCAAGUCGACCACUCGAACCGCGCUCGCACCUUUUCCGACCCGUUCACCGACCGUCCGAAACCGGCCGCCGUAGCUGCCCAAGCUCAGCGCGAGCGCAAGCCCUCUGGCCGUGGGCCGGCACCCCAGCCUCCCCCUUCAAGGCGGAGGCCUACGGCGCCCGCGUCGCCGCUCGACUCGCCGAUCCGCGACGAGCCAGGCCCAUCAUCGCCCUUACUGCCUGUCACGCCUGACCCGAGCGGAUCGCUCGUGGGCCCAGCUCGCCCAGAGGACCGCGACCUGCUGCUCCCGCACGGCCAGGCAUCGCCUCUCUCUACGCUCUCUGCCGAGUCGACAGACGACGAGGAGCUCAACGAGGACGAUGUGGCGGCGGAAGAGGCCGACCUCAACCGGCCCCGCUUCCGGCUCUGGGUCUUCCCGGCGCACAUUGACGACGAGGAGGCCGAGCGGCUGAUGGCCCUCUUCCCCGCAUCGGUGUAUCGCGGCCAGGGCGGAAAGAACAUGGACGCACGCUUCCCGUUAACGCGGCCCGGGCGUGCGCUCAAGGAUCUUGAGCUCGGCACAGGGUUCGACACGCCGUGGCAGACUAUCACGGUCGACGAGCUGCAAGUCCAGGUGCCCAAGAUCGAGGCCGAGGACGAAGCUGGCGUUAUCCGGUCUGGAACGGGACGUAUCUGGACUGGCGCGGAAGACAGGCAGCCAGGCUGGCCUGGUGGGGGUUGGUUCCGAUUCAAGAGGUGGUGGAGGAGGCUGUUUGGUAGAGCAUAGAGACGGACGGACACACACGCAGUGACUUGUGGCAGU